GAGAAAUGGUUUGUUUUCUAUAUAAAGGACAGGGCAAACGACCAUGAUCAGUAUCCCUUCAGCCAGCAGCAGAUUUUAUAAAUAUAUAAAAUUUUAAACCAUGAAGUACGUUCUGUUUGUCGCUGUGAUUUUUGCAUGCGUUUUAGCGCUGCAAGGUCAAAGAUGUGAGAGUGGUAAGGAUUGUAAAGAAGGACAGUGUUGCAUUACUUAUGUACCAAGUGGAUUCUUUUUCCGGUUAGGGCAGUGUAAGAGACUGUUGAAAGAAGGUGAGAAAUGUAUGCCAGAUUUUUUACACGGCCUGGCCGGAAAGGGACGUUAUUUCGUUAAAUGCCCGUGCCAAGAAGGUUUAGAGUGUAUGUCCGAGAACGAAGACGACGAUGACAACGACCAUUCUCACUCUUCCCAUUCUCGUGGUUUGAGAUGUAUGAAUCCAGAUGCAACAGAGGCACCAACUACACAAGAACCAACUGAAUCCGAAGAGGUUAAAAGUUCAGCUGCACCGGAACAAUCUACUACUGAUGCAAAACACCAAAUCACAGAUGAUGUUAACCCAGGUCAUAAUGAUGAUGAUGAUGAUGAUGAUGAUAAAGAAAAUUCUUAAAUAUCCACCAAAGUAAACAAUUUAAUGUCAAUUGCCACGAUUUAAGGGUCAUAAUAUAUAUGUGAAUUCGAGAAUGCAUUUUCGAUAUAAUUAAAAUUAUUCAAUUAUA